AGUUUCCUUGAAGCAUUUGCACACGACGUUUUUAAUAUUAUGUCUGUUUAUAUUGCAAUUUAGUGAAAUUGGCUAAAUAGCUGGUCAUAUAUUUGGUUAGCUUGCUAUAUCAAUAUGAAGCUCUGACGUUGGUGAAAUCAUCACAAAAGUAUCAUAUGCCAGUCCCGUAGCUCAGCUGGUUAGAGCGUUGGACUCCGCGUGGUGAGAGCACGCGUUCCCGGUUAUAACAGUCCGGGUUCGAAGCGCGACGGGCGCUCGACAUUUAUGGGCCUCCUGACAGCCUUCAGCCACUCUUCACAAUAUCCAGCCUUUUUGUGCUCUCUGAUCUGGAAAGUGGACACUCUCUUAUCUGGAAAGUGGACACCACACCAUAACAGAGGUGCACCAUCUGCGUCAGCCAUGUGCUCGGAGGAUGACCCGGGCGGCGGCGAGCCGGUGGGUCCGGUGGUGAGACCCACUGCCGAGGAGCUACUGCGGCCUCCGGAGCGCGACCUGCUGUGUCCGGAGCCCGGCUGCGGCCGCCGCAUGCCGCAGCCGUCCGCGCUGCGCUUCCACCUGCUGCGCCGGCACGGGAAGAGGGCGAUACGCGGCAGCUCGACCGCCCUGCCGCCGACGGCUGUGUUCAUAUGUCCGGAGCCGGAUUGUCUGAGCUCCGGUGUGUCCAAGAAGGCCCAGUUCGGGUCACUGAAGGCGCUCAAACAGCACUACCUGAAGGUGCACGCGCCGCGCACGCUGCUCUGUCCCAAGUGCCAGACGGCGUCGUUCGCCAGCGAGGCGCUAAUGCGCGCUCACUGGCGCCUCUGCGCUGCCGAGUUCAAGUGCAGCUGCGGCGCGCAGUACUCCAACGUGCGCUCACUGCGCAGCCACGCGGCCAAGUACGGUCACAGCACGACGCUGAAAGACAGGACGCAGCUGUUGGGUACCGAAGGUCUCCGUCGACUAGCGCCCAAGCCGUCCCCGGACGCCCUUCACCUGCUCGCCAGUAUCGCCCUGGCCGCCCUGCCUGCCCGAGUCGCUCGUCAAGUGAACACAUGUGACGCUGCCACCCAGACUGCAGCUCGUCGUGCCCCGCGCGGUGGCCGCUCCAGUGGCACACAGACGCGCCUGACGAGCGGUACGGCCGGGCAGACGGCACCGCCGGCCUGUCGCACGGCCGGCUCGCAGUGUGUGGCGGUGGCAGCGGCGUCGGCAGCCUCACAGGCGGGCCCGCCGCUGGUAUGGGGCCUGCUGUGGCCGGCGCCGGCCGCUGCAGCUAGUCUGACCAACUGUCAGACUCAGACGGAGGACAGGCCCAGGCCAGUGAAAAUGGAAAUGGCACAACAGACGAAAGCUGUGCCUUUGGAGCAGCUACUCUGGGAGGCAGGGACUGGCACAUCUGGCCCGACUAACUGUCAAACCCAGACUGAAUAUAGGUCUAAGCAGAGGUAUAAGACGGUAAAGAUUGAAGUGGCACAGCAGACAAAGGCUGUGCCAUUGGAGCAGCUACUAUGGGAGGCAGAGACCGAUUCCUCUGGUCUGACCAGCUGCCAGACCCAGACUGAGUAUAGGUCCAAGCCGGUCAAGAUAGAAACGGCACAGCAGACCCAGUCCGUACCGCUGGAGGACCUUCUCUGGGAGUCGCAGGUCGCUACGGAGGGCCUGACCAACUGUCAGACACAGACUGAAGGCGGUUGGAAGCCGGUUAAAAUGGAAAUGGCACAGCAAACCAAAGCGGUGCCACUAGAGGAGCUCCUCUGGGAGGCGCAGCAGGCUGACAGGCAUUCACUACCACCACAUAAGCCACUCUCAACCCAGCGCGGGCGACAGCAGGCCGAGCUGCGGCCAUCCGAGCCCCUCCUCGCACCGACCCGCGUCCCUCCAGCGGCCGGCUCUCAGACCGAGACGGACAUGCUGUCGGCGGAGACACAGACUCAGGAUCCUUUCGACGUCAUCAAACACAUGCUGCGCUCCGAGGAAGAGCAGCUGCUCUUUCCCGAGCUCUCUGAACUCUCCGGUACGGACAUACAGACGCAGACGCCGUGGUUAACGGACGACUCGCAGACUCAGACACCCUGGUGGAGCGAUGACCGUACUGAUGUGCUCACGUCGCACACGCAGACGGCCCCCGUGACGCACAUGGAAACACAGACGUGUCUGCUGUGUCUGGGACCGUGUGACUGCUGGGGCCCUGAGGCCGGAGCGCUCUGAGUUGGUGAUAUCGUGGACUCACGUGCUAUUAUGGAUGUGUCUUUUUGUGUUACCAGGGGUCUGAUCGUAUGUGAUAUUCUCAUUAGUUCGUUUUUGUUGCUAACUUGUGCGGCAGGUGACCGCAGCUUUAUAUGCAACCAUUGCGUCUAUUUUUGUUAAUAAAUGAUUGAUAUUUGAGAAA